AUGGGAAGAAGACCAGCAAGAUGUUACCGUCAGAUUAAGAACAAGCCAUACCCAAAGUCCCGAUUCUGUCGUGGUGUUCCCGAUCCCAAGAUCAGGAUCUACGAUGUUGGCAUGAAGAAGAAAGGUGUUGAUGAGUUUCCUUUCUGUGUCCAUCUUGUCAGUUGGGAGAAGGAGAAUGUUUCAAGCGAGGCACUUGAGGCGGCUCGUAUUGCUUGCAACAAGUACAUGACAAAGUUUGCUGGAAAGGAUGCAUUCCACUUGAGGGUCAGGGUUCAUCCUUUCCAUGUUCUUAGGAUUAACAAGAUGCUUUCCUGUGCUGGAGCUGAUAGGCUUCAGACUGGUAUGCGUGGUGCUUUUGGAAAGCCACAAGGUGUAUGUGCUAGGGUUGCUAUUGGACAGGUGCUUCUCUCUGUUCGCUGCAAGGACAGCAAUGGACAGAAUGCACAGGAGGCUCUUCGUAGGGCUAAGUUUAAGUUCCCUGGUCGUCAGAAGAUCAUUGUCAGUAGGAAGUGGGGAUUCACCAAGAUUGACAGAAAUGAUUACUUGAAGUUGAAGUCAGAGAACAGGAUUCUGAAUGAUGGUGUGAAUGCUAAGCUUCUUGGAUGCCAUGGACCUCUGGCCAAUCGUCAACCUGGAAGGGCUUUUAUCAAUGCAAGCUGCAAUGCUUAG